AUGUCUAUGUCCAUUGAAGAAUGCCAAACCCCUCGCCCGGGCUUUCCCAAGCCUGUACCGGACACGCCGACAAACGUCAUGCAGCAAUUCAGCAUGAAGGGCAAAGUAAUCGUCGUCACAGGCGCCGCUGAGGGAAUUGGCGGUGCAGUUGCAGAUGCUAUGGCAGAAGCCGGUGGAGAUGUUGCACUAUGGUACAAUUCCAACUCCGCCGCUAUAAAGCGCGCCGAAAACCUGGCCUCACAGCACGACGUCAAAACCAAAGCCUACAGCGUCAACGUGACCGAUGCCGCAGCCGUACAGGCUGCAAUCAAGCAAGUCGUAUCCGACUUCGGCAAACUCGACGUCUUCGUCGCCAACGCCGGAACCGGCGAUUCCCAACCCCUCCUCCAACAAUCCCUCGACGCCUACAAAAACCUCAUGGCCACCAACAUCGACGGCGUCGUCUUCAGCGCCAAAUACGCCGGUGAAGUCUUCGCCGCCCAAGGCUUCGGCAACCUGAUCCUCACAUCCUCCAUCUCCGCGCACAUUGUCAACGUGCCGAUCGACCAGCCGAUAUACAACGGCACCAAGGCGUUUGUAUCGCACCUGGGUAAGAGUCUGGCGCGCGAGUGGCGCGAGUUUGCGCGGGUGAAUGUGGUGAGUCCGGGGUUUUUCAACACCAAGAUGGGGGCGGGGCCGAAGGUUAUUAACGAGGGACUGAGGAUGAUUCCGCUGGGGAGGCAGGGGGAUGUUAAGGAGAUUAAGGGACUGUUUUUGUACUUGGCGAGUAACGCAAGUAGUUAUAUGACGGGGAGUGAUUGUAUUAUUGAUGGCGGGUAUGUGUUGCCGUAG